AUGGCGCGCCCGCCGCUCCUCGAAAACGGCAAGAAGACCAAGGGGCGGCAGCGCAGGGAGCUGCGCCGGGUGGAGGACAAGGAGGCCCGCCAGGUGACCUUCUCCAAGCGCAAGGCCGGCCUCUGGAAGAAGGCCUCCGAGCUCGCGCUGCUCUGCCACGCCCGCGUCGCCGUCGUCGUCGUCUCCGAGGCCGGCAGGACCUUCGCCUUCGGCAGCCCCUCCGCUGACGCCGUCCUCGCGGGAUGCGGCGGCGACACCGACGACGCCCCCGCGGACUGGGAGGGCAUGGAGGCGCUGUCCUGGGACGCCAAUGAGAGAGCCGCGGAGGUCGAGAAGGAGGCCGAGCGGAUGAGCGCCGCCGGGAACAAGGUGCUGGAGCUGCAGAGGCAGACGGGCAAGCGCUUCUGGUUCGAGGUCGACCCGGCCGCGCUCGGAAAGGAGGAGCUGCCGGUGUUCGUCAGGGCGCUCCGACGCCUCAGGGACAACGUCGGCCGCCGCGCCGAUAAGAAGCAGGCAACUCCACGGUCCACCGCCGCAGUAGAGAAGCAGGCAACUCCGUAUUAG